AUAUCACCAGAGAUCCCUACUCAGUCGCGAAAUGCCACUCUUAGACUGAGGGUGUGAGAAAGGGGGAGUAAUGGGGAUAUCGCUAUCAUAAUGCCUCCAUGGGACAGACGGUAUGUGCGUAGACGUUUGUGAGGCUCCAAUAGGCUCGUUUCUCUUCUUGGGUACAUUUCUUUGAACCAAUGUGACCUUACCAUUUGCUGCAGCCAAUUGCGUACUUUUAGUUCAGUCAUUAUGGCAUCUGAUACGAAGGAUGCUGACCCUCUGGAGGACUGUCUCUUAAUCCUGGAGAGUGGAGAGGUAUACAGAAACCCUACUGAGGUUAAGAUGAGCCAAAUAGUCCUUCCGUGCCAUGCAAACCACUGUGGCGAGCUCAGCGUAGGCCAACUGCUUAAGUGGAUGGACUCAACGGCCUGCCUCUCUGCUGAGAGACAUGCAGGAUGUUCAUGCAUUACUGCAUCUGUCGAUGAUAUUCAUUUUGAGCACACCAUUGGGGUUGGACAAGUGGUUAACAUUAAAGCAAAAGUCAACAGAGCCUUCACAUCCAGUAUGGAGGUGGGCAUUUUGGUCACCUGUGAGGACCUAUUCACUAACUGCCAUUGGAAGGUGUGCCAUGCCUUUGGCACCUUUGUGGCCCGACGCACAGAGGCUGGAAAGGUACAGCUGAAGCAGGUGAUCCCACACACGCAGGCUGAACAGAUGGAGUACAGCAUUGCAGCCGAGAGGAGAAGGAUGAGGCUCAUCCAUGCCGAGAUCAUCACAGACCUGCUGAGCAGCAGCACGGCGCAGCUAGGGGAGUGCCAGGAGUUCCAAGGUGCAGUGCCAGCCGAGAGAACCCAGGUGGAAAGUGUGGAGUUGGUGUUGCCACCACAUGCUAAUCACCAGGUCAGCACCUUUGGAGGUCAGAUCAUGGCCUGGAUGGAGAAUGUGGCCACCAUCGCUGCAAGCCGUCUGUGUAAUGCCCAUCCUACUCUGAGGACCAUAGACAUGUUUCACUUCCGGGGCCCGUCUCACAUUGGUGAUCGCCUGGUGCUUAAGGCCAUUGUGAACAAUUCCUUCAAGAACAGCAUGGAGGUGGGGGUGUGUGCAGAAGCCUAUAAGGGUGGAGAACCGUUGCGCCACAUCAACAGUGCCUUCAUGACCUUUGAGGUUCUAGACAGCGACAGGAAGCCUUGCACGUUGCCACGGAUACGUCCUGAACUCGUGGAUGGAAAGAGGCGUUACCAGGAGGCAAUAGCCAGAAAGAAGAUCCGCCUUGACAGGAAGUAUAUCUUCUCCUGCAAGCAGACUGAGGUCCCUCUUUCUGUGCCUUGGGACCUCAGUAACCAGAUGUACCUCAGUUACAACAAUGUGUCGGCACUGAAACUUUUAGCCGCGAGAAACAACUGGAUGUUAAGCUCUGAGAAAAAUAAGGUCAGUCUGUACACACUGGAAGAAAACCACGUGUUGUGUUUUAAGAUCGAGACCCAUGUGAAUGUCCCAGCAGAGCAGACAUUCCAUCUGCUUUCAGAUCUCAGUAAGAGACAUAAAUGGGACAAGCAUUACGAACAAUGUGACGUGAUAAACCAGGCUGAUGAAGAAGACACUAUUUACCGGGUAGCCACUCCUUCCGUUUCUAAAGGGGGUAAAGGCCAGGACUUCAUUCUGCUGGCCUCCAGGAGGAAACCUUGCGAUAUCGGGGACCCUUACCUGAUUGCCUUGCGCUCUGUCACUCUGCCCACCCACCCUCCCACUGAGGACUAUACCAGGGGAGAGGUGCUUUGUGCUGGUUUCACUAUCUGGGCGGAGUCCAGUACAGUCACCAAGAUCUCCUACUACAACCAGGCCACUCCAGGGGUGCUUCCGUACAUAUCCACAGACAUUGCUGGACUCUCCUCCAGCUUCUGCAGCACCUUCUCCUCCUGCAAGCAGUACCUGGAGGAAAACAGAGACAGCCUGGCUGCCCUGCACCCCUCUGCACUGUGAGGUCUUAACCACAGAAAGCUGUGUCCCAAACUGCCCAAAACACCAUACCUUCCUCAUAACACUGCCAUAUUUUCACCAGGAGAAUGGUACCUUACUUCUCUCCCUCUGAUACAGUGGUCUUCAAACCAGGUCCUCAGGGCACUGUAUGUUCUACAUGUUUCCCUACCCCAACACAACCAAUUCAAAUAAAUUGUCAUUAGCAGUUUCUGUAGAAGCCUCAUAAUGACCAUUUAUUUGAAUUGGGUGUGUUGGAUCAGGGAAACAUCCAAAACAUACAGAACGGGCCCUGAGGACCAGGGUCGAAGACUACUGCUCUAAUGCACUGUAUAAAAUGGUCCUUCCUGACUGUCCUCGCCUUUCUGUAGGAUGAGAGAAUGGUACUGUCUUCGAUUAGCCUCACUUUCCUGAACUAGGAUGACAGAGAAGUUGUUCACGCAGUUAUGCACUGGGGAAAAGCCUGACUGUCUGUACCCCUCCCUUUGCCAGUUAGUGGUUUGUAACUUGUCAGCACAAGUUAACUGUGUUAUUACUUGUUUAGUAGUUACAUUCUGAUCCAGUUUACAUAAUUCCGGAACAGGCUUUAGUACACAACGUUCCAGCUGCUUAACACCCAUUAACACAAAUAAUUAAAAUUCAAAUGAUAAUCUCACUUGAUACUUGUGCAAUACUAAUAUGCAGUUUAAUCUAUUGUGUCUGGGCAUUGGAGUGAAACUUGAUCGAAAAUAGGUUAUUUUCUACCUCCUAAAAUUAUAUAAUUUUUAAACUAAAUAAUUUUUAGUCGAAUGUCCUUGCGUUAGUGAAAGUAACAUUUGUACAUUGGCUGUGAAAUGAUGAAUUCAAGCACUUUGAUUUGAAACAGUGUAUUCUAGAAGUUACAUACAGUAUUGAUUUGAAGACAAUGAUGUGGACUCUGGCCAAGUAUCUAACAUACCUAGUAGCCAUGAUUUCAUUCAAACGCCAUAUACCAGUGAAACAAUAAACACAGUGUACCAGUA